UAGUGCCAUCGAUAGUUUUCCAGCUCUACUUCUUCAUCUUCAAGAAAAAAUCGGUGUAAGAUGGCCAACAAUUUUGAAGGAAAUCACGUAGUUCAUAGAAACCAAGAAAAUGAUGGGCCACGCAUUAACGAAUUUGCUCAGAAAUUUCUGGCGGACUUGAGUGAGGAACGCCGACGUUUAAGCGAUGAAUUUCCAUUAAGUGUUCUUCUCAUUGAAGAAGCCUUCGAGCGUGUCUAUACAACUGGCCGCAUACCAGGCACAGAAUACCAUGCCGACGUGUAUCAGCAAAAGCCAACAAAGGUCACUCAAAAGGUUUAUGUACCAACUAGGCAAUACCCCAAGUUCAACUUCACAGGAAAAUUACUAGGUCCCAAGGGUAACACAUUACGUCGUUUGCACCAAGAAACUCAGUGUAAGAUUAUUAUAAAAGGGCGUGGUUCAAUGCGCGAUCGUGAAAAAGAAGAGGAGCUCCGUCAGUCAGGCGAUCCUCGUCAUGCGCAUUUGCACAAAGAUCUGUAUAUAGAAAUCAGCGCUUUAGCUACCCCUGCGGAGGCGCAUGCACGUGUGGCAUAUGCUUUAGCUGAAAUCCGCAAAUAUCUCGUGCCAGAUAAGAACGAUGAGGUUUCGCAGGGACAGCUCCGUGAACUUAUGGAAAUAGACCCGAAAUCAGCUGAACAAUAUUCAAGGUCUAUCAUAACUAAAUUUUCACCUGGUGAAGGACCAUCCAAAUUUUUAAAUUUACUUAAACACCAUAAAGAUUCACAAGAGGAUCCCAGGGGCGAAGAGUCAGACGAAGAAGGGGAUGUGUAUCAAAGUCGUUUUAUAAAGCGACCAGUAUAUUUACCAUAUGCUAAAGUUAUCCCAUCAACAGUGCCCAUAAAACGACCAACAUCUACUUUUAUUGGAUCUGGAUUUAAACGCACUCGUGAGACACCUAUACAAUAUUAUAAACCAAUGCCAACUAUCCUCAAGAAAUAUAAAUAAAAUAAUAAAAGUUCAUGAAAUACUGUACUCAUAAUAUUAUAUAUUCCAUUCAUAAUAAUAAAAUAAUUAAUAAUCUUAUGUAUCUU